AGCCAGUGCGCAGGUGAAACCGACUCCGACCUAUCCCGGGAACUUUCGCUGCGGGGACUCGCUGCGACAGGCCAGCGUCGUUCAGGGGCGGCCCGGGAGCCGCCCUCUGCCACCAGGGUUGAGCGCGGGGAAUCAGCCUGGGCGCCCGCCCCUAGGGACCCUCGGCCCUCCCGGAGCGCCCUAGGGAUGCGGGCGGCGCCGGCCUCCCCGGCUGAUGGAGGCGGGUGGCGCCACCCGGAGCGCAGGUGACACUCGCCAGGCCUGGGUUUCGGUCGGAGGGGAAGUGCGCUGGGAGCUUGAGACGCAGCCGCCCCAGGCACUAGGGACCGGGCAGCGAUGGCCGGAGAGCUGAGCCAGGAGGCACUGCUGGACUUUCUGUGCCAGGCCGGGGGCCGCGUGCGUAACGCAGAGCUGCUGAGCCACUUCAAGAGCUUCCUGCGCGACCCUCACGUGCCUUCAGGCCAGCUGCAGGAGCGUCGCGAGCUCUUCAAGGGCUUCGUGAACUCGGUGGCCGCAGUGCGCCAGGACCCCGACGGCACCAAGUACGUGGUGCUCAAAAGGAGGUACAGGGACCUGCUGGGGGAGGAGGGCCUGCAGCGACCCGCCCCCACAAACGGACAGCCGCGAAGCCACCGCCGCCUUGACCCGGAGCCGCAGAAGCGGCCGGCAGGUGCGGGGACCCGGGUGGACGUAGGUGACGAUGAGUUAGUGGGCAGCAGCUCACGGAAGGCGGCCGGGCCAGAUCCUGGCCCGGGGGACAGCUCGAGCCAGAGGACACUGGGACCAGAGGCUGCUCAAGCCAGAGGCAGGUGUGCGGCGGUGGGGACGCGGGGACGCUGCUGCUGGGAGUGCCAGCAGAACGGCUGGGGCCAGCCCACGGAACAGCCGCUGCCCGAAGAUCUCGGAGACCCUGUAGCCGCCUGCGAGAAGCCAGAGCGUGCUGCGCCUGCCCGGGAUGACCUCGGAGCUCCGGGGUGGCUGCGGGAAGGAGCGGCGGCCGAACGCGCGCCUGAGUCUGUAACGCCUGUCUGGGCUCCGGCCGCCGUCGAGGCUGCUGGCAGCCCGACGUCCCCGCCCGCUCUCCCGCCCUACCCUGCUCCCUCCAGAGAGCCACUGGAGCUGUUUACCGCCGGCUUCCCGAACCAUUCAACCCAGCAGCUGCAGCAGCAGCAGCAGCGCACUCGAGAGUGGGUAGCCAGAUACCCGCAGGCGCCUGAGGCCGGGAUCCAGGGGCCCAUUCGCGCCUGGUCGGUGUUGCCAGACAACUUCCUCCAGCUACCUUCAGAAACCGCCUUUGGGGUCUCGGAGACCAACUCGGCGCUGCCUGAACCUGCUCUGUCUUUUCAUUCUCUCCUUCCUGGGGUUCCUGACGAGUCCUCAGAAUCCUGGCCGGGGAACCCUCCACCCACUGUCUUUCGAAGCAUUCGUUGUCAGCUAUCCCUCCAGGAUCUGGAUGACUUUGUGGAUCAAGAGAGCCAUGGCAGUGAGGAGAGCAGCAGUGGACCCAAAGAAUCUCCCGGAACCCCGGAAGAGGGGCUGCAAACUGUCCUGAGAACUUCCUCUUGGGGAGAGCUCAGGGAUCCAGUUGAGGAUCAGUUUGUAUCACCAAACGAAGGCAGUCCCUGCCUGAUCCCGCGGGGCCUCCGCAAUAGAGGGAAUGUGCCCAGUUUUCGGAAGGCCCCAACGGUUGCUAAAAGCCUUGGGGACCACCCCCAGGAGACUUUCCCUGCCCCCAAGUUCCGGAGGUCUGUCAGGAGGAGCUCUAGAACAGGGAGAACCAAAUCUCCCUCUUCCUCAGACGAGGAGCAUCUUGAUGAGGACUUGUUGAAAAGGAGCCGGCGCCCACCUCGGUCCAGGAAACCUUCCAAGGCAGGAGCCCUGGCCAGCCCAAGGGUGGAUGUUGUUUUGAUACAGAAAUUGGCAAAUGCUAACGCUGUGACUGGCCAGCCACACUCCUCAUGGGUCCCCGGCAGGGAUGGAUCUGCAGCCUUGAUACCCCACAGACCUUCGGAGCACAGGUCACCUCUUGUCCCCUUAGAUGCCAGGGAGCAUGAGUGGAUUGUGAGACUUGCCAGCGGCUCCUGGUUUCACGUGCAGAUGUUGUUCUGGGAGGACCCCCAGCUUGCUUUGUACAGAGACUUCCUAACGGGGUACACGGCCUUGCACUGGAUAGCAAAGCACGGCGACCUGAACGCCCUUCAGGACUUGGUCUCUGGAGCCCGGAAGGCAGGGGUUGCACUAGAUGUAAACGUGAGGUCCAGUUGUGGCUAUACCCCACUGCACCUUGCAGCUAUGCACGGGCACCAGGGAGUCAUCAAAUUGCUAGUGCAAAGAUUGGCUUCCCGGGUGAACAUUCGGGACUGCAGUGGCAAGAAGCCGUGGCAGUAUUUGAACAGUAAUGUCUCUGGGGAAACGUGGAAGCUCCUGGGUGCACCCCGGGGCAAACCCAUCUUCCCUGUCUAUUCCUUAGUCCAAAGCUCUUCCCCAGCCAAGAAGGUCAAGAGCCGGGAAGUGUCUAGAACUGUCACCCGGAAGACUUCCUUGGCUGCUUUGCUCAAAACUCAGCACAACAAAUGGAAAUUGGCCAGCCAAUAUGAGAAAUUCCACACCCCAAAAGACAGAGAAGAGUAUAGUGACUAAGGUGGGUUCUUCUAAGGGAGUUCGUGCAUACACACACACACACACACA